CACAAGACAGGGGGCGUGAGUUUAGAGCUGGGAGCCAAGGUAUCAUCAACUUUCCCGUGGGGAUUCUGGCAAAACAACUAACAGGUCAUCACAAUUGGAAGAAGCACCUAGGCUUCAUCGCAUAAUUCCCUACGGCAGAAACCGCAAUUUCACUGGUCGUGAAGAAGUCAUUGAGUCGGUAAAAAGGCUUGCCGACCGUAGUGGCCAUAACCGGAUCGCACUUCAGGGAUUAGGCGGUUCUGGGUGUGUUUUCAUCAUUUCGUUGUAUGAAGGCUCCCCUAACACUCCUCAGAAAAACUCAGAUUGCCCUCGAAUACCUUUAUCAGCGAAAGAACGAGGGAGACCGUCAUGUUUUCUGGGUGCAAGGGAGUAGAAUAUUAAAAUUUAGUGAAGGCUUCAGGGCUAUUGCACAACAGAUUCAAAUCCCUCCCGCCAGCGCUGAUACCGAUGAAGAGGGAUUCCUAUCGAGUGUGAAGAGGUGGUUCGAAGGCCAAGGACAGUGGCAAUUGGAUUCUGGUGAUUGACAACGCCGACAACGAGGAGGACUUUAUUUGCAACAGCGGUCCCAUCGCUAAGUUUGUGCCACAAGGCCCUUGUGGCACUCUAAUAUUUACGACCAGAUCUCGCCAGGUUGCAGUUCGGCAGGGGUGCGAAAGGAUCGGGGUGGGAAAGAUGGGGGAGGAGGAAGCCCAGCUAUUGUUUUCGAGACGCCUUGGUAGUUGGGACACUAUAGGAGGUGGGGAGGAAGAGGUUAUGACUAUGAUUCUGGGAUCCUUGCAUCACGUGCCCCUGGCGAUUAUAGGUGCGGCGGCCUUCAUGACGGAAACCGGGACUCCACCCUCCGCCUACUGGACUAUUUUCCGGGGGAGCGACGAGUGGGCAAAGAGACUACUUUCCCGGCCAUUUUGCGAGAUCCAACGAGAGGCUGACAUGACCGAAAGCAUCCUGACCACCUACUUUGUGACUUUUAACCGGAUCGCGCAGCAGAUGCCGAUAGCAGCGGAUCUUUUGCGCAUAAUUGCAUUCUUCGAUCGCCAGAACAUACCGGAGGAAUUGCUGAGCCAAUGUGGCUUGAAAGGGAUGGAUGAUCCGAUCGAGUUUCGUCAAGCCAUUGGAAAACUAUUGGCAUUCUCGUUAGUUACGGCUGUGAAACGCGAGGACACGACACUUUAUGAGCUACAUGGUUUGGUCCAACUAUCUUUACAGGUGUACCUACCGACAGAACAGUUGGAUCAAUGGAGGCGCGCGGCGUUGGAAGUGGUUUCCCGAUUGUUCCCUCGAUGUGAGAACGAGUGGCGAUAUAUUGGUCCCGCAUACAUCCCUCACGCCCUCGCCGUAACUAAAUAUAUGACGGAUCCCAUUGCCGAAGAGCUCAUUUUUCGCAUGGGACAGUAUUUUCUAGAUAUGGGUUCCUACAAUGAUGCGGAAAUUCAAUCUCGUCGAUGUAUUGCGCUUCGAGAGGAGGGCAAAGAGUAUGACUGGGAUGAGGAUGGUCGGAAGAGAUUCAUACUCCUGGGGGCUGUGACCGCAUAUCAGGGAAAGGCUACAGUGGCAGAGCAUAUAUUCCGAAAUCUACUAGGAGAUAUUGAGCCGUCAUUGGGUCCAAACAAUCCGGACGUCCUACAGUCGGUCAACUACCUGGCCAUGGUGCUACGACACCAGGGAAAGUACGACGAAUCGGAGAGGAUGAAUCGGCAUGCACUGGAUGGGUAUGAGGAGGUUCUUGGACCAAAACACCCCAACACCCUGACGUGUGUCAGCAACCUUGCCGAGGUUUUGCAACGCCGGGGAAGGUACAUCGAAUCGGAAGCGACGAAUCGACAUGCACUAGAGAUACGCGCUAAGAUUCUUGGGCUAGAUCACCCUAAUACUCUCAUAAGUGCCAACAACCUCGCUCUGGUACUGGACUGCCAAGGAAAGCACGAGGAGUCAGAGAGGGUUAACCGGCAUGCACUUGAGGGGUACGAGAAGGUUCUUGGACCUGACCACCCCGACACCCUAUCCAGCGUCAAUAAUCUGGCUGAGGUACUGGAGCACCAAAAAAAGUACAUUGAAUCAGAGAAGAUGAAUCGGCGUGCACUGGAAGGGCGUAAGAGAGUUCUCGGGCCGGACCACCCGGACACUCUUUUAAGUGUCAGUAACCUAGGCGCUGCGUUGAGAGGGCGGAGAAGUUAUGAUGAAUCGGAGAAGAUGAAUCGGCUUGCGCUAGAGGGGCGUGAGAAGGUUCUUGGGCCGGACCAUCCAGACACCCUAGUAAGUGUCAGCAAUCUGGCGUUCGUGCUGAAAGACCAAGGAAAAUACGAUGUAUCAGAAGCGAUGAAUCGGCGUGCGUUGCGGGGGUACGAGAAGGCUCUUGGAUCUGACCACCCGUGGACCCUAAUUAGUGUUCAGCACCUGGCCGAUACGCUCCGGUCGCGAGGGAAGUACCUUGAAUCGGAGGCCAUGAAUCGGCGUGCAUUGGAGGGGCAUGAGAGGACACUUGGACCGGACCACCAAGAUACCCUAACCAGUGUCAACAACCUGGCGGUCGUGCUGGAAUACCAAGGCAAGUACGACGUAUCGGAAACGAUGAAUCGGCGUGUAUUGCAGGGGUAUGAGAAGACUCUCGGAUCUGACCACCCGUGGACCCUAAUGAGUGUCCAGAACCUGGCCGAUACGCUCAGGUCGCGAGGGAAGUACCCUGAAUCAGAGGCCAUGAAUCGGCGUGCGUUGAGGGGACGCGAGAGGAUUCUUGGACCAGACCACCGCCGCACUCUCGUUAGUCUGGACAGGCUGGCCCUUGUUCUGCAAUACCAAGGAAAGCACGAUGAAUCAGAGGCGGUGAUGCGGUCUGUACAGCAAAGACGUUCAAAAAUCCCGGACCGGCCAUAGGCACACUAUGCAUGCCACAUUGUCCGUUAUGUUUGGACCACUACAAUCUUAGCAAAGGGCGAUCUUUUGAGCAAGCGAUUCAUCAUGUCGCAGGUAAUUCGGCUGGACGAGAGGUGGCGGGAGUGGGCUACCGAUUUUUACCGGCAUGAGAUGCUUUGGGGAUCCACCAGGGGUUGUGGGGGGGUGUUUGUAACUAACGGGAACGACGAAUGAGAGGUGGCGGCGAACUGUGGAGGUGUUUACUUUGAAGUGCUAGGAAUUUCUACAUUCUAAAUUUUAAUUCCUAUUUUGGGUCUCUUUUAGCGGUGUAUUUCUUGACUCUAUCGCGAAUUAUGUCGUGUUUUGUCUCACCUAGCAACCUCCUUGUUGGCAGGCGUUAGGGCUCCGGAAUCAUAAGUUGUCACUCGCUUUUCAA